GUUUCAUAAAUAUGAUGUGUUAGAGAGAAGGAAACAAAGAAAACAGAAAAACAAUAAACCCACACAGUAGUGAAAACAACAAAGAGAGUGACUUCUUCGGAUACAACUAUUUAUAUUUAGUCUGCUUCAAGGAGUGCGGAGAAUCUAUCCUUCCUCUCACUAUAUAACUCAUCAAAUCUUAUUCUUUGUUUUACUAUUUUUAACCAAGAAGAAGAUGAUAUAGUUCACUUCUUCUGCACAACUCUCAGAUCUAUUUUCAAGCAAGUUAAUACUCAAAAGACAACAAGAAUUAAUGGAAACUGUUCCUCAGUUGCAGAGGAAGUUAGUUGAGUACCGAACCUCUUUGUUCAAUGAGGGAAUUCUGGACGAUCAAUUUACCCAGCUUCAGGAACUGCAAGAUGAAAACAACCCAGAUUUUGUUGUUGAAGUUGUGACUCUUUUCUUUCAAGAUACUGAGAGGCUUCUCAAUGAGUUGGCCAGGACCUUAGAUCAACAGACAAUAGAUUUCAAUAGGUUGGACGCUCAUGUUCAUCAGCUGAAGGGAAGCAGCUCCAGCGUUGGAGCACAGAGAGUUCAGACAGUUUGCGUUCUCUUCCGCAACUACUCUGAAGAAAGGAACAUUGAAGAAUGUCUGAAAUGUCUGCAACAAUUGAAGCAAGAGUUUUAUUUUGUGAAAAAUAAGCUUGAAACACUCUUCAAGCUUGAGAAACAAAUUCUGGAAGCUGGAGGGACAAUUCCUGUGCAAUGAAAUGCAGCAGAUUCAUGAUCAAUCUGAGGACAAAAUUAAAUAAGCUAGUGAGUAGUAUGGAUGAGUUGGCCAUGUAGAGAAGCUCUUUUUUCUUUGUCAGUUUGUUGUUAUUGAGUCAGUUGUAGUUCAUGUUCAGGAAGAUUUUUAAGUUACCAGAGAGGGUUAGUCAGAUUUUGAUCUUGAUUAAGCUUGUAAAAUGUCAUCCAAUGUCUCACCAAUGAAGAUCAAGACUCUGUCAGCCCUUAUCUAUUUCAGCAUUGCACUGUAUUUUGUUAGGUAUUCAUGUUUAUACACACUUCAUUAUGGGAAAUUUUUGCUUCUCAA